GCCAUUGACUUCCGGUCGAAGCACAACACCCAAGAUGUCUGCUGCCACAGCUUCCCUCGUUUCCUACGCCAGCGAUUCCGAUUCGGAAAAUGAGACCGAAUCUGGUUCUAACCCCGACGCAGCCGAGUCUAUGGAUCCGGACGCAACGGCGCACCUUAAGCCUUUACAGUCUGGUCCGACGAUGACGUUAGCUGUCCUCAAUUUGGCCCCGGAAGUUGCCGUAAAGGAGUCCGUUGAGACCGGCGUACAUCUUGACCCUGCCCUGAAAGAAAUCAGUUAUAACCCAACAUUUGAAACCAUGUUUGCACCAGAGUUUGGGCCAGAAAACCCCUUUAAAACCCAACAGAUGGCUGCCCCAAGAAAUAUGUUGUCCGGCUAUGCAGAACCCGCUCACGUCAACGAUUUUAUGUUCGAACAGCAGCGACGGACCUUUUCAGUUUUAGGCUAUGCUUUAGAUCCAUCUGUUGACACGGACCAAAUAACUAACAGUAGUUACAUUGGAGCUGUGGAUGAGGCUGAGAAAAGAAAAGGCUUGACAGUGUUUGAGACUAGUUACAAGAAGACAGAUAAAAGGAAAAAGGUCAAAGGUGGUGAUGCAGGAGAGAUUGAAACAUUCCUUGGACCAUGGGCCAAAUAUGUUGAUGAGCAAGCGGUGGCCAAACCAACCGAGGAGGAAAAGAAAGAACUGGAUGAGAUAACCGCUAAAAGGCAAAAGAGGGGGAGGAAGGAAGAGGAAGCUCCAGCCGAGGAAAAGACUAUUCUUCAUGUUAAGGACAUGUACGAUUACCAGGGUAGAUCCUACCUACAUAUCCCUCAAGAUGUGGGCAUUAACCUGAGGUCCUCAGAAGCACCAGACAAGUGUUACCUGCCCAAGAAGCAAAUCCAUGUUUGGUCCGGACACACUAAGGGUGUCAGCGCCAUCCGACUGUUUCCCAGGUCUGGUCAUCUGCUACUUUCAUCCUCCAUGGACUGUAAGAUUAAGUUGUGGGAAGUGUACAAUGAGAGGAGGUGUUUACGGACUUUUGUUGGCCACAGCAAAGCGGUGCGAGACAUUUGCUUUAGCAACGCAGGGACAAAGUUCCUCAGCGCCGCCUAUGACCGCUACAUCAAACUGUGGGACACUGAGACAGGCCAGUGCAUUGCUCGCUUCACAAACAGAAAGGUUCCCUACUGCGUCAAGUUUAACCCAGAUGAGGAGAAACAGAAUCUGUUUGUGGCCGGCAUGUCCGAUAAGAAGAUCGUGCAGUGGGACAUCAGGACCAACGAGGUGGUUCAGGAGUACGACCGUCACUUGGGCGCCGUCAACACCAUCACGUUCGUGGAUGAGCAUCGUCGCUUUGUCAGCACGUCAGAUGACAAAAGUCUUCGUGUUUGGGAGUGGGACAUCCCCGUGGACUUCAAGUACAUCGCUGAGCCUAGCAUGCACUCCAUGCCAGCUGUGACACUCUCUCCCAAUGGUAAGUGGCUUGCGUGCCAGUCUAUGGACAAUCAGAUUCUGAUUUUUGGAGCCCAAAACCGCUUCAGACUGAACAAGAAGAAGAUCUUCAAGGGUCACAUGGUUGCUGGCUACGCUUGCCAGGUUGACUUCUCCCCUGACAUGAGCUAUGUGGUGUCUGGGGAUGCUGACGGAAAGCUGAACAUUUGGGACUGGAAGACAACCAAGCUGUACCACAGGAUCAAAGCUCACGACAAGGUGUGCAUUAGCGCUCUGUGGCAUCCUCACGAAACCUCUAAGGUUAUCACCUGCGGUUGGGAUGGACAGAUCAAAAUGUGGGAUUAAAAUGUUAGUAAGAGGGAGGUGUGGAUCUGGAAGGAUUGUUAGGUAUUGCGAAUGAAAGCCACAAGACUGGCAUCCAGUCUUAUUGUAGCAAUGUAUUUUUAUAUCCAUACAUGUAAAUUCAUAUUUCUGUAUAAAGAUUUGAAAACAUGCACUAUUUCUAGUGCUACCAGUGCAUAUAAGGAGCAUGGUGUUGGUGUAGUUGAGUUUUGAUUUGUUAAUUUGCAUUUUUUGGUGUAUUUUAUCCUUUGAGAACAGCUUCAUUUUCAAUGAUGACCAGCCUUGUGGAAAUAAACAAUCCAUCAAUUUUACCAAA